CUGGGCACGUGCUUAGGAUGUGUCACAAGUGGUGUUUGCGAUACACCAGACUCACGACAGAUCUAUGACGUCUGAAAAUGACCAAUAUUCUAUUCAUUAGCAGGAGUAUUCUAACAUUCAUGAAAAACAAGGAUGAACUGUGCUUUAUUUUUUUUGCUUAAAUCUAAAAAUUGAAGUUAGUUUAGCAGUUGACUGUUGCAGUCAUUUGGAUGUUUUGCAUGCAUUUCACUAGGAAGACUAAGAGCUAAGACUUUUUUAUUGCCAUGGCCUUGACUGUCUUGAUGUUGUUUUGCACCAUGCCCUUGUGUUGACUUUUGCAUACAAUAUUUUUCAGGCACCCGCUUUAUAUAACGCAAGAAGGCAGCUGCAAGGACACGAGGAUGUGAAAGAGCCAGUGCAGCGCGACUUCACGUAGUGCAGAGGAGCCAAUGCCAAAAAAUCAAAAUACAUUGGCAUGUUAUUUGGACAAGAAAACUAGGACAACCCAGGACGUGCAUUUCUCAGCACCCAGUCAACUGCCAAAAGUGACUCAAACACAGGCCACCGGUGGAACUCGGCUGUACCACUGCAGUGCUGCGGAAAUUGCCUUCACCAGCGGCUUUGCAACAGCUGUUUCGCAGCAUGUCGGAGACAAUGCCUACGAAAUUAUUGGCCCUGAUCAUGAGAGCCCUCAAGGGGCAAACAACAUCUCUGUUGCAGAAGUGAGCCCGAUACCACUUGGGAAAGUUACCAUGACAGAUGACACGGCAGCAAUAGAUACAGAGACUGCCAUGUCUACUGCAGCUGCAACAGUGUACGAGGCAAGCAGCAGCGCGUCAGCAUCAGCAGCAGUGUCAGAAGGAACCACACCAGGCCUGGUAGAGCAACAUGUGUGCUAUCACUGACUUUUUUUGUAGUGGAUACAACUCAUUUGCUCAACAUACAAAAGCUUUUCACCACGACUGUGAGCCAGUAUUAUUGUGCAGCAAGUGCAAGACUAAGUUAGGUGUUAUAACACAGUACAAGCAUCACUUUAAUAUAUGCAAAUGCAAACAUAUUACAGUUGUUGCCUCCCCAGCCAGCCCACAUAGUGACAACAAUGUGAAACACAUGGUGGGACACACCUCUCCCCCAUUACAAGAUAGUAGAGACUGUCAGUGUUGUUGCUAGAUUGACUGGUCUUUGUAGGCAACUAGAAGGACAACACAGGUGUCAUAAGAUUGUUGUUGAUGUUGUUGUUGAAGAGGUAAAAAAGAAGUUUGAUGCAGCUGAAGUGCCAACUGAUAUUGAGCAAAUCAAAAGCAACCACCUGAGAAAGCAACACUAUCGAAAUUUGGGUAUCUAUGUGCCACCAACUCUGGUAAGAAUGGCAUAGGACAGAAGUGUGAUGAAAAUCACACAGACACUGCUGUUGCAUCACUGGCCACAGUGAGCAGCGACUUGUAGGGCAAGAGAGUCAACUGAAACUAACAUUAUGAUACAGUGUCAUGCUCCCAUGUGACCACUUUUCAAGUUAUUUUGCAAGAUACAGCUCAACCUCCAGAAACGAGACUACAACUUGUCUGUAAAAAAGCUUUCACAAAAAAUUAUUCAUAACACUAUUAACAUAGCAGUAUCUUUUUUUUUUGUGUCGGUUCGAGGUUCCCGGCUGUCCAUUAAUGCAAAAAUUGAGGAAAAAAAGAACAUGUGUCGUACUUACACCUUUUUAACAAGUACGAGGGGGACAGAACUUUUCUAGUCAUGCAUCUUCAUCAUACUAUCAAGUUUUUAAAUGCCUUUUAUAAUUAUUAUCACCAGUUAUAUCUGAGUGCAUUGUAUGCAUGUAGCAGGUGUAAAAUCAGGUCAGUUGGAUCAGAUGCCUUAUCUGCAAGCGAGCCCUAUAUUCAAGAAAUUUGAAUUAAAAUAGUUACGUUAGAGACGCAGUCUUUCAGCACUUUAUUGCCUGUGGUUUAAGCAUUGCUCAAUACUUUUGUGGGUGGCAAUUUCAACCGGCACAGCACUGCGCUUUGCCACAGUCACAUUUGUCUUCAAAGCGGUGUUUACCAUUUAUGUUGAUCUGUUUGUGUAUGCAUAGAGCAAGUUUUUAAUUUAUAUUUUUCUGCAUUCUUGUGCUUGCACUAAGCUUGUAUAAGGCAGUUACAAAAUGUGCGUCACUAUAACGAACUGUUCUGUUGAGCUUACACUUGCAAAUAAUCGUGUUCAGAUGGCCGCACUUCUAUGCGGGUGCACUGCUAGCUUUGUGUAUGUUCUCAUGUUUGUAUAAAGCUUAUAUAAGCUAGUUAGAAAAUGUAUGUCACUAAGCAUUGUGAUAUUCUUUAAAGAACUCCUUGGUUGGUUUUACACUUGUGAAUUAGUAUUGAGGUGGUGGUAUUCCCAUGUAUGCCCACUGCUAGCUUUCUGUGUCCUCAUGUGUUUGUAUUAAGUUUCUACAAGGGAGUUACAGCAUGUACGUCACUAAGCACUGUGAUAUUUUUUAAAGAACUGCUUUGUUGGUUUUACACCUGUGAGUAAUAGUACUCGGGUGGCACUAGUCAUGUGUAGGUACACAGGGAGCAUUUGUAUACAUUAUGCUCAUGUAAAGCAGUUACAAAGUGUAUGUCACUAAUUACUGUGAUAUUUGUUGAAUUGCUGUGAUGGUUUUACACAUGUGAAUAAUAGUGGUCAGGACACAGUACUUGCGGUGUAUAGUUGAAUUUAUACACUGCCAAGACAUGGGCUGUAUACGUACCAAAAGAAAUGUAUGUGAUUAUAUUGUUGUGAUUAUUACUGUUUGGAUUUUAUUAAACUGUAAUAAAAUUGUUUCUUGUAUCUAUUGAGGUAUGGAAAAUUGUCAUGCAACCAAACUGAGGACCUGAACUUGUGCAUACAAAUAAACAGCUAAUUUAAGAGUA